AUGAAAUCUAGACUUGAGCGCUGAGCGCUUGAGCUUGCUCGUUUCCCUGCUCAUUCACAAGAGAUAAGAAAGUGUGCAACGUGGAUUUUUCGCGCGCGAAACCCACUUUCUGCCUCUCAACACAAUGCAGACGGAGUAUUCGGCUAAUGAUAUCGCAGCGGCAAGGAGUGUGCAAGUCUAUACGUACCUAUACACGUCAAUGGCCACAUUCUGGACCUACGAUUACACUUGUUCACUUCAUCAGGAGUGGACGUUCCUACUUCGGUCACGCUGGUGCAAGGUAAAAUGCCUUUACGUUGUCACACGAUACGUGCCUUUCCUCCUCUUCACCGGCCAUCUAUAUAUGAACUUCAUCCCGAAUGAGAACUCCGAUAAAUGCCAGUUGUUGAACAACAUCUGCUCAGGUUUCAGCCUGAUAUCAGUCUCUUGUUCUGAAUGCUUUUUUGUCCUCAGAACAUAUGUACUCUGGAACAACAACAAAAUUGUGCUCGUCAGCAUAGUGACUGCCUUUCUUGCUGUCGUCAUAUCAUCCAUCAGCUUUUCCUUUGCCACUACUGCUACCGCACCGUGGACAACCAGCGCGAUCCCGGGCAUUACAGGCUGCUACCAGAGCUCGGCCGUCAUCCAACUCUUUAUACCAUUUAUACUCUUGAUUGCGCUUGAAUUUGGUCUCAUAUCCCUCACGCUCAUACGCGCUAUACAGAGCUGGCGGUCGACCAACAACCGUUUAUACGUUGUCCUGGUGAAGCACAACAUAUUCUACUAUGCAUGUGGUCUGUUUUUCUCGACCGUGAACGUCAUCGCGUUGCUGCUCUUCCACUACGGAUACGAAUCCAUGUUCCAAGAUUUCCAAUUCAUCAUCCUCGCGAUCCUCGCCACGCGCAUGCACCUCCAUCUCUGGCAUGCAGACAGGCGCGCGCACGGCUCUAGCGGCCUUGUGUUUAUUCCUCUAAGCGAUAUUUCAUCUGCGGGCAGUCCGACGUGAUGUUUGGCGUCGUUUAAAUGUUCAUGGGGUGGUGUUUGAACUGUACGACGUUAUCCGAGGUUAGCUUGGUCAGAUUUGGGAUCC